AAUCAAGAUCAUUACACGUUUACAUAAUACGAUAUGGGACUGAUUGUGAAGUGGGUCGUUUCAGCUGAGACGAUACGAUUAAGGUUUAUUUGACAUGGAAUUAAAGUUCGAUAGAAUUUACGAUGAGAGGUUUGAACCCAAUCUGAACAUAAAUAAUUUAAUCACGUUUUGCAGUUGUCAAACUUGUCUGACCGUGGCUCCUUCCGGAUCAUGAAACAAGACGUCCACAGACCGAGCUAGAAAACGUAGCUGGCUAACGCUAGAGAAUUGCUGAUAACGUCAUCUAACUUGAGUGCAUUUUCUCCGCAUAUUUGCGAGUCGACUACUGGCUGACGGCACGGUAGCAACGUAUGUAUUAAGCAGUGUUUUGUCUUCUAGCUAGCAAACGUAUGGGUGUGUUUGUUUCUUAGUGCAAAUUCCAAGGAAGCGCUCGUAGAACUGUGAAGGUGUCAGGAUGUCCGUGGACUGGUUUGGAUACGGAUACGCAAGUCUUGUCGCUGCGGGUGGGAUUAUGGGCUAUGCGAGAACAGGCAGUAUCCCUUCCCUGAUUGCAGGCCUUUUCUUCGGCUUGCUGUCAGCCAUUGGGGCCUAUCGGAUCUCUCAGAAUCCACAAAACAUUAGGGUUUCUCUUGCUGCUGCCGGAAUCCUUGCUGUGAUCAUGGGGAUACGAUUUUUAAACUCUGGGAAGUUCAUGCCAGCCGGACUUAUGACUGGAGCAAGUAUAUUGGUGCUGGUGAAGACUCUCUUGGGCCUGUUAUAGGAACAUCACAAUGAAUGAUGGUCAUCGGGGACACUUCUCUUAAAUGUAGUAAAAUUAUGUCCUUUCUCUCAACACAUUAAUUGUCAUACAACCGACCUGUUCUCACAGAAAAAGUUUAAUAGGUCACAUUUUGUAAAAAACAAAAAGAUACAUGGCAAAUAAAAUGGCAAUUUUCUAUAAAAACAA